ACUGUCAGAUGACUUGAGUCAUGAGGUGUCGCUUGAAACUGAAAGGAUCUUUAAACAGACCCUGUUUGUGUGUUGUGUUUUUGCAAACUCUUAUACAUUAGAGCCACAAAGUAAAUUAAUCUGUGUUGGAGAGGCGUCUUCCAACAUGCAGAACGUCAUAAACACAGUGAAAGGCACUGCUCUGGGAAUGGCAGAGUUGUUAACGCCUGUUUUGAAGGAAUCCAAGUUUAAGGAAACUGGGGUUAUAACUCCAGAGGAGUUUGUGGCUGCAGGAGAUCACCUGGUUCAUCACUGUCCCACGUGGAAAUGGGCAUCUGGAGAAGAAGCAAAAGUGAAGCCUUAUCUGCCCAAAGACAAACAGUUUCUAUUAACCCGGAAUGUUCCAUGUUCCAAGCGCUGUAAACAGAUGGAGUACUCUGAUGAGCUGGAGGCCAUUAUAGAAGAGGAUGAUGGAGAUGGGGGCUGGGUCGAUACCUACCAUAACUCUGGGGUGAUGGAAGCAGUUCGAGAAAUCUCAUUGGAUAAUAAGGAAAAUAUGAACGUGCAGAUAGGUGCUCAUGGAAAUUGUGAUAACCAUGAUGAUGAUGAGGAUGAAGGAGAGGCAGCAGACAUGGAAGAAUAUGAAGAGAGUGGACUUUUGGAGACAGAUGAUGCCACUCUUGAUAUGAGUAAAAUGGCUGAUUUAAGUAAAAACAAGGCAGAGGCUGGUGGCGAAGAUGCUAUUCUACAGACAAGAACUUAUGAUCUUUACAUCACAUAUGACAAAUAUUACCAGACGCCAAGACUGUGGCUGUUUGGAUAUGAUGAGGACAGACAACCCCUGACUGUUGAUCAGAUGUAUGAAGAUAUCAGCCAGGAUCACGUAAAGAAAACGGUCACCAUUGAAAACCACCCUAACCUGCCCCCACCUGCUAUGUGCUCUGUGCAUCCAUGCAGACAUGCAGAAGUGAUGAAAAAGAUUAUCGAGACUGUGGCAGAAGGAGGAGGAGAACUUGGGGUCCAUAUGUAUCUUCUGAUUUUCUUGAAAUUUGUGCAAGCUGUUAUUCCUACAAUAGAAUAUGACUACACAAGGCAUUUUAUCAUAUAACCCACCAUUUCAGAGAUGACAAUAACAUGUUUUGUGUUUUACAAGUAGAUGUUGUUCCUGUGGUGAGGAAAACUAAAAAGACUCUUUCCUGAAACGACAAUCAGAUUGUCAGAAGUUCUCUGAAAUGCCUAGCAGGCAUUUCUCUCAACCAUUCUUCAGCUGAUCUCUUUAUUAUGGUGCAUUUACAUACAACGCAAAGAACAUUAUCGCCUCGCAUUGUUCGCGUGAGUUUGACCGCUGGAUUAUACAUUUGUGUUUAAACUUGCAGGUUCGCAUUACUCGCACGAACGCGAGUAUUCCCCCUUCUCUUCCAUUUUUCCAGAAUUGUUCUGCUACUACGUCAGUACAUCUGUGACAUCCGGACAAUCUCAAUGCUGAUAGGCUUUCGCAACAACGCGUCAUUAAAAUGUUUCGCUUGAGUUGAAAAAUGUCAAUUUGCGAGAAGACGCGAAUGCAGUGAUUUUGCUUCAUUCGUGCCGCCCGGUGUGAAUUGGCAUCUAUUCGCAUCUUUGCAUUGACUUUGUAUGUAACAGUGCCGUGCGAAACGCUCGCUUCGCGUUGUAUGUGAAUGCACCAUAAGUCCAUCGUUCUUAUGCUGUCCUCAAACUAUAAAAGUGUUUUGUUUUUUUUUAUAUUUACUUAUCAAAUAACCUGUGCGGCAUUGAACAAGCCAUUCUCUUGUUUUAAUGGCUAAUAAUAAAUUGCUAUC